UCUCCGGCCGCGGCGCGAGGCCGGCCGGCCGGCAGGGGGAGGCGGGGGGCGCGGGGCAGCCCCGCCUUUCCCCCGAGGAGCCGCCGGGCGGCCAUAUUGCGGAGCUGUCUGCGGUGGCGGCGGCGGCGCCUCUCCUCUAGCGGCCCCGCGCUCCCACCAUCGCCUCUCGCUCGCAGCCGCAGUCGCGACGCCCGGCGCCGCCGCACAGCGCCCCAGCCACACUCGGGGCGGGAGGACCCGCUCGCCGUUGGGAAGGUGACAACAGAAUUCAUAAAAGUGAAGUUUUAAAGAAGGCAACAAAAAGAAGAAAAAUGCCGAAACCAAUCAAUGUAAGAGUAACCACAAUGGAUGCUGAGCUGGAAUUUGCCAUCCAGCCGAAUACAACUGGCAAACAACUUUUUGACCAGGUGGUAAAAACAGUUGGUUUGCGUGAGGUCUGGUUUUUUGGGCUGCAGUAUGUGGACAGCAAAGGUUAUUCUACAUGGCUCAAACUAAAUAAAAAGGUGACACAGCAAGAUGUUAAAAAAGAGAAUCCUUUACAGUUCAAAUUUAGAGCUAAAUUCUUUCCUGAAGAUGUUUCUGAGGAAUUAAUUCAAGAAAUAACUCAAAGACUUUUCUUCUUGCAAGUUAAAGAAGCUAUCUUAAAUGAUGAGAUAUAUUGCCCACCAGAAACUGCAGUCCUUUUGGCUUCCUAUGCUGUCCAAGCCAAGUAUGGAGAUUAUAACAAAGAGAUUCACAAACAAGGCUACCUGGCUAAUGAUAGACUCCUACCCCAGCGUGUUUUGGAACAACACAAACUGACAAAAGAACAGUGGGAAGAAAGAAUACAGAACUGGCAUGAAGAACAUAGAGGAAUGCUAAGGGAAGAUUCUAUGAUGGAAUACCUGAAGAUUGCACAGGAUCUAGAAAUGUAUGGAGUCAACUAUUUUGAAAUAAAAAAUAAAAAAGGAACUGAAUUGUGGCUAGGUGUUGAUGCUUUGGGCCUGAAUAUUUAUGAGCAUGAUGACAAGUUAACACCUAAAAUUGGUUUUCCCUGGAGUGAAAUCAGAAAUAUUUCAUUUAAUGAUAAAAAAUUUGUUAUAAAGCCGAUUGACAAAAAGGCACCUGAUUUUGUUUUUUAUGCACCUCGUCUGAGAAUCAAUAAGCGGAUUUUGGCCUUGUGUAUGGGAAACCAUGAACUAUAUAUGCGAAGAAGGAAGCCUGAUACCAUUGAAGUACAACAGAUGAAGGCCCAGGCUAGAGAGGAGAAACAUCAGAAGCAGUUGGAAAGGGCACAACUAGAGAAUGAAAAGAAGAAAAGAGAAAUAGCAGAAAAGGAAAAGGAAAGAAUAGAACGUGAAAAGGAAGAGCUAAUGGAACGUCUAAGGCAAAUUGAAGAGCAGACAUUGAAAGCCCAGAAAGAACUCGAAGAACAGACUCGAAAAGCUCUAGAACUGGACCAGGAACGAAAACGAGCAAAAGAAGAAGCAGAAAGGCUUGAAAAGGAGCGUCAAGCUGCUGAAGAGGCCAGGGCAGCUAUAGCGAAACAAGCUGCUGACCAGUUGAAGACUCAGGAACAGCUAGCAGCAGAACUUGCUGAAUUCACUGCCAAGAUUGCACUUCUAGAAGAAGCCAAGAAGAAAAAGGAGGAGGAAGCUGCUGAGUGGCAACAUAAAGCUUUUGCAGCCCAGGAAGAUUUGGAAAAGACCAAAGAAGAGUUAAAAACUGUGAUGUCUUCCCCCCCUCCACUUCCACCACCACCAGUAAUUCCUCCAACAGAAAAUGAACACGAUGAACAUGAUGAGAAUAAUGCUGAGGCUAGUGCUGAAUUAUCAAAUGACGGGGUAAUGAACCACAGAAGUGAGGAGGAACGUGUAACAGAAACACAGAAAAAUGAGCGUGUUAAGAAGCAACUCCAGGCAUUAAGUUCGGAAUUAGCCCGAGCCAGAGAUGAAAGCAAGAAAACACAAAAUGAUGUUCUUCAUGCUGAGAAUGUUAAAGCAGGCCGUGAUAAAUACAAGACUCUGCGACAGAUUCGACAGGGCAAUACAAAGCAACGUAUUGAUGAGUUUGAAGCAAUGUGGGGACCCAAACUGUAUGCAUUGUUCCAGAUGCGUUCUUGCCAAAACAGCAUAAAGCAAAUGUAACAGUUAGGAAGAAGGCUCCCUCCCUCACGAGGUCCCUGGCAUAUGCCACAUGGCGAGCUUUAGGAUAAGGACCUACCAAGACAUGCCUGAUGUUCUGAAUGUGUACUUCCCCAAAAGUCCAGAAUCUCAGCUGGAACCAGAUGGACACAUGUUCCCGUACCCGGGACUCUUGCUGACAGUUCUCUCCACUUCUCAGUUUACUGUUGGUUUUCUCUUUCUCGCUAUCCUCUCUCUCUCCAACCCCCUCGCUUGCCUUUCCCAGGGGCAGACCUCAGAAAGAUGGGCCAGGACUUGGGGCACCCUAUAGCCCCAAGCCAGCACCAACUGUGUCCCAUCUUCGAGGGACUGUCCCCCAAACAGAUGCCUGCAGGCCUCAGCUCCUGAGAGCCCACUUUUGUCUGCAUGACUAGCUUGUAAGGAGGGACAUAUGGAGAGAAUUUCCAAGAAUUUUUCACUUUUUCAAAGAAAUGUAUGUAACUUAUUUUUGGCUUUGAACUCAGAGCAGACUCACGGUGUACAGCUGUGUUUACUAGUGCGCAUCUGUGAAAUCUGGAGAAAUUGAUGCAACAUUCCCCUUCCUGUCCUGGCUGUUUGUAUAAUUGUAUAUAAAUGUAGCAAUAAAUAUAUUCUAACAUCG